GCCGUCGGUGGUCGGGCGGCGUGCUUGCGGGGAAGCGCGGCUGCGGGCGGUGGGAUGUGCGGCCAGAGAGCCGCAGCAACGGGACGCUUCAUCGAGUGCAGAGGCCGCCUUGAAGAAGACGCCAUUGUUUGACUUCCACAGGGCACAUGGAGGGAAGAUGGUGGAAUUUGCAGGCUGGAGUAUGCCUGUGCAGUACAAAGACAGUCACAUCAGCUCUCACAUGCACACUAGAGAGCACUGUGCCAUCUUCGACGUCAGUCACAUGCUGCAGACCAAAGUCCAUGGCAAAGACAGGAUCAGGUUCAUGGAGUCUCUGGUGGUGGCGGAUAUUUCAGAACUUAAAGACAACCAGGGUACGCUGUCCCUUUUCACGAAUAAUAAGGGGGGCAUUAUUGAUGACCUCAUAGUAACAAAGACAGAUCAGGGCUAUCUUUACGUGGUCUCCAACGCUGGCUGUGCAGACAAAGAUUCGGCUCAUAUGAAGGCCAGACUUGCAGAGUUCAAGGCGUCAGGCUCAGACGUGGAUCUGGAGUUCCUUGAUGAAGCGCUGAUUGCGGUACAAGGUCCGUCCAUGUCUCAGGUGCUCCAGGAGGGCUUGAAGGAGGACCUCAGCAAGCUGCCCUUCAUGACUUCUGCCCUGGCCACUGUCUUUGGUAUUCCUGGUUGCAGGGUCACCCGAUGUGGAUACACUGGAGAGGAUGGGGUGGAGAUCUCUGUUCCCGAGUCCAGAGUAGUGGAACUUACUGAGAGGCUGCUGGCGCACAACGAGGUCAGGCUGGCCGGCUUGGGUGCCAGGGACAGCCUGCGACUGGAGGCGGGACUUUGUCUCUAUGGCAAUGACAUAGAUGAGAGCACCACGCCCGUGGAGGCCACUCUAGUUUGGACAAUAGGAAAGCGACGGCGUCAGGCCAAGGACUUCCCUGGAGCAGACAUCAUUGUCCCUCAGAUCAAGGCGAAGACCACCAGGAAGAGAGUCGGCCUGGUGUCUACCGGGCCCCCUGUCCGACAACACACGCCCAUCCUCAGUCCGGAUGGAAAAGUCAUAGGCGAGGUGACCAGCGGCUGCCCCUCACCGUGUCUGAAAAAAAAUGUCGCCAUGGGUUACGUGGACGCCGCCUUCGCAAAGAACGGGACAGCAAUUCAGGUGGAGGUCAGGAAAAAAGCAGUGGCCGCCACCGUGUGCAAGAUGCCCUUUGUCCCUACCAAUUAUUAUUCAGGAUAGGGGCAACCUUCCUCCAUGCCCGUCCCUUACAUGUGAACUCAUAUCCUUCCCUCUCUAGUUUUACAUUUCAUCUGGCCAAUGAAAAGCAUGUAUCUCAAAUUUUGUGAGCGUUUCUCUGCAACACAACAAAAGUCAUUUUGUGUGAUAUUUUGUUUUGUUUUUUUCUCACUAAUCACAAAAAUACUUUUCAUCGGACAGUGACCAUAAUACAUCUCAUAUUGACCAAUGAAUCCUACUUUGUAAAUAUUGCUAAGCUUUAUUUAUUUGAUAAUUAUUGGAUACUCCUACUGAAUAACAAACCGUCUGAGGUAAUAAGCUAUUGGUAUAAAUUGAAGUCUCAAUGCCAUUUGUCAAACUUGAAUAAUCAAUGGACCAAUCUGAAUCCUUUGAGAUGAUGGAGGUGGUAUCUUAUUUUUAAUUCAAAGCACCAUCUCUUUUUCUAACAUCUUCUAUCCUCUUUUUCCUCUUUUGAUAAGAAUAAAACAUCUUAGUUCUGACAAGUUUACAACUGGUGGACGAAACUACCACGACCAAUACAGCCUGAACACUGCCGAUUGCUGAAAUUGCUACUGUUUUAUCAAAAAGUGUCCUUACAAUUGUUUUUUGUAUCACUAUCAUAUUUUUCACUCAGAUUUUUUUUUUUAUUUAUCAAAAUAUCCUUGAAAUGACAACGUAACUUACAUUAAUAUACUACAUCAACAAAGGUCGAAUGAAAAAGCCUAAUCAUGUUGUGAUGAUCACAAGUAUUUGUUUGCGGACCAAAUGUCUUCUUGUGUUUUGAAUUUGAAAGUGCUCCAUCACUUGACACAUAUGUUAGUAGUAAUUACUAACUUUAGAAACUACAUUGUCAUUUAGUGUGUUUUUAAAGCAGAAAACUACUGAUGUAAUUUUUAGAAAAUAUUUUUUUCUAAUGUCUUGCCCUGUUGAUGUGAAUCUCUACUUGAAAACGGACUCUGUAACAUUUUAAGUAGUAUUUCGUGUGCAAAUACUUACUUUCAUUAAAGACAAUGUAUUUCUUAAUCAUCAAAA